AACACAUGACAAUACAAACAAUAUGGCAGCGUCCAUGAGCUAACAUGAACCAUAUUUACCUAUUACUGAAAAAUCAAUAUUUAUCUUAGAAUCUAUAACAUGAUAGAUAAAAAUCUAUAUUUAUUUGAUUACUAGAUCUAGUUCUACACUAUAAGAAAUAAAAAUAUGGAAGACAAUUCGAAGGAAAUAGAUCUAGUGGAAGAAACGCUCCUUGGACAUGAACCUCGGGCGACUCAGCCUCAGACAUCUCAGUGUCAGAGUGUAAAGAAUGAAAGUAGUGCCAGUACCACAGGUGGUGACGAUCAAAAAUUUGGAAAAGAAGAUGUCACAGACGACACAGAGCCCACAAUUUCCAAGUCUCGGCUUAAAAAACAACUGAAAAGAGAAAAGUGGCUAGCAAUAAAACAAGAAAAGAGACGUGCAUCAAAACAGAAGAGAAAGGAGAGGCUUGCUGAGAUGAGGAAAAAUGGAGAAGAUGUUGGCCCAUCUAGAAAAAAACUGAAGAAAAACACAAUGAAAAAUUCAUCCUGUAAAAUUAGAGUUGUGAUUGAUCUCUCCUUUGAUGAAUACAUGGUUGAAAAGGAUGUGAAUUCUUUAAGUUGUCAAAUACAGCACAGUUAUUCUUCCAACAGAAGAGCACCCAACCCCCUUCAGUUCUACUUGUGUAGUCUUGGUGGUAAAGCGAAGCAAAGACUUGAUACCAUUGGAGAUUAUAAAGGAUGGGAUAUCUAUAAAGAAAGCAAAAGCUAUGAAGAAUUGUUCCCAAAAGAAAGUCUGGUGUAUCUAUCCAGUGAAUCACCUAAUGUGCUUACGUCCCUGUCAGAAGACAAAGUCUAUGUCAUAGGAGGUCUUGUAGAUCAUAAUAAACACAAGGGCCUGUGCCACAAGCUUGCAGUAGAGAAAGGUAUUGCUCAUGCCCAAUUACCCAUAUCAGAAUAUCUUGACAUGAAGACACGCAAGGUUCUGGCAAUCAAUCAUGUAUUUUCUAUAUUACUGAAGUACACAGAGUGUGGUAGCUGGGAGCAAGCAUUCUUGUCUGAGAUGCCACCAAGAAUGCAAGCCCAUCCCAAAGCAGGAGAAAGUCAUCAGAAAGAAGAGGAUACAAACUUAAGAGAUGGAUCAGAAACUUUGUUAGAGAGUCCAAGUUCUAGUCAAGAUAUUUCUGAAUCAAUAGCACAAUCGGAUUUCAAUAAGAGUGCUGAAAUGAAUGACAAUUUUGGGAAAGACUGUUCAGAACUUGAUCAGAAAGAAGAGAAAAGAGUUGAUGGGAACAUUUUAAGUUCAAAGAUAAUAGAUGGAGACAUAAUUAGUGAAAUCAAUAGUGCUGCAGGAAUUGGUGAUGGACUAUUGUGUAGUGAUGCUAAUACUAGCUAGCACAGUUUUAUGUAGUUUUUAUUGCUGUCAAAUAUAUUGCUUCAUGGAUUUUAUUUCUGAUUAUCUUGCUAAUGUUGUAAUGUUUUAAAUAAAUUAUUUUAGGACAUUUGAUUAACUUGUCUUCUUUUAGGCUGUUAUAUUUCCUGUUUAAAACUGUAGACAAAAAAAAUUACAUAAUAUAUUCACAUUGUUUCAUCAUCACCUGAAUUGACCAGAAAUGCACCAGAAAAACAGUGUUAAUACAAUAUUUUUUAUAUUGUAAAAUAAAUUUAAUAAUCAUUGUUUAAGAUGUAAUUUUUGUAAUGUAAAUUUAUAAUGUUUCCCCAUAUACAUAAAAAGCUUUAUAUUUAUUUAAGGCAAUCAUUUGUAGUUGUUCAUUUAUUUCAAUAGGUAAUACAUUUUGUUUUAGUUUUUUUUUAUUUCAAUUUUUUAUUUUACAUUUUGACACAAUUGAUUAAAAUACAAUAACACAGCAUACAGUAACUUAAAAUAAAAUUGUAAAAUAAAAUUAUUUAACAUUUAAAGAUGAAAAUUCUGUAUUAAUGAUUAUCAUUAUGCAAAUUUGCAAAAUAAAAAAUAUUUUAGAAGUAACUACCCGGUACAUGAAACAAAAAAAAAAUGCAUACUGUGUUUUAAGCUUCAAAACUUCCAAAAAUAGCUUGUAUUAUUCAGUGAGACUCUAGAUUAAAUAAAAAAAAUAAUAUUACUUAAAAUAAUAAUUAAUGUAAUUAAUAGAUCAUAUCACAGUUUUACAAUAAUACUGAUUGUUAUAGAAUUUAGGAUUAUAAAACUCCUUCCUUUAUAUUGGGAUAUUUCCAUUCUAUCGUUUGCAAAAUUAGCUGUUGUCUAAACUUUUUGUCAUGCAUCAAGACAUGUACAAUUUUUAAACUGGUAUCAACACUUGCCAAAUUAAAUUUUUGGAUUGAACAAAAAAAAAA